AUGCCUCCCAUUUCUCCCCUUUAUAAAAUCAACUUUGAUGGGCCUCUGUUUAGCGACCUCGAUGCUGCCGGCUUAGGUGUGGUGAUCCGUGAUUCGUGUGGGCUUGUUGUGGGAGCCUUGGUUGAACGCAUCCCUAUCCCCAUAUCUGCUUCUAUUGUUGAAGCUCUAACAUGCCGCCGAACUCUAUAUUUUGCUAAAGAGCUUAGUAUUUGUGAGUUAGUUUAUGAAGGGGAUGCUGAAGUUAGCAUCAGAGCUUUACUUUCUAAGGAGGUUGUUCAUCCUGAGUAUGGCCACGUGUUGCAGGACUCUCUAGUCAUAGCAAAUGAUUUUAGAAUUUGUGAUUUUGUUCAUAUCAAACGUGUAGGUGACUCGGUUGCCCAUUUUCUUGCCAGGCGUGCUAAGUUCGGCAAUGAGCUGCAAGUUUGGCUUGAGGCCAUUCUUGAGGAUAUAGCUCCUCUUGUAUCGAGGGAUUCUUUGUAA